CUAUUUUCUCGUGAAGAACAAGCGCCAGGAGCGUUUUCUCUCUCACAUUCAUCACCACACCCCCCCACUCCUCUCUCUCUAAAAAAAAACUCAAAGCCCAUUUCAUUUCUCUCUCUAUAAAAACCACAAUUCAAAACACUCAAAAAAAAAAAAAUCAUGAAUAAUCAGUCUGAGCCAGAAAAUAACAGUGUUAUUAUGGAAUCAGUAAUAUUACCACCAAAGCUCUCUCUCUUCUCACUCCCCAACCAACUCCCGGAGCCGUCGGGCGGCUCGGCUUCACCGCCGCGGCGAGUCUCGGCUUCGGUUCCUUUCCAGUGGGAAGAAGCGCCUGGGAAGCCGAGAGCCGAGCCGAGUCGUCAAGGUGGUGCAGAUCAAGAGGAGGAGGAAAGAAGUUUAAUGAUGAAAUCGUUGGAGCUUCCUCCAAGGUUGUUGGGUGAAGUUAAAUUUACGAAUAUGACCUCGUCAUCGCCUACUACGGUGCUUUAUGGGCCUGAAGUGGGCCGGUCUCUUUCGUUCACGUUCUCGUUUCGAAGCCCAACUGGUGAUCAGAAACUGAGCAGAGAUAGAGUUGGGUAUUUUGGGUCUUCAAGGUGGGGAAGUUUUAGAAAGAAUAAUAAUAAUAACAAUAAGGUACCACCUGUAGUCGUUGGGGGUAGUUUCGACAUUUCACCUAAGGAGUUUUAUCAUCAUCAUCAUCAACAUGGUAUUACUACUACUUCUAGUAAUAAUACUAAUCAUGAUUAUAAUGGAAAAGUCAAGAUUAGUAGAAUUAGAAGAAGAGGCAGCCUUUCGAGUUUUUCUAACGCAAAGUCACAUUUGUUGGCAAGCAUUUAUGAAAGUUUUAAGCAAGUGGUCCCAUGGAGACGCAAGCAAGAAAAACAGAGAAAAAUGGGCUCUUCAUCAUAAUAAAUAUGUAUCUAUAUAUCUAUAUCUAUAUAUAUAUAAUGUAUUAAAUAAUCAUACUAGUAGUCUUGGUCGAUCUUCUUGAUUGUGGUUUCAUUGACUUUUCUAUAUAAGCUUCAACUUUUCUUUAUUUUUCCUUUCAUGAUUUUGUAUAUAGCUGGAAAACAUAUUUCUAAUAUAGUAUAUCAUGAUAUGAUUAGAAAAGCUUCUAUUUGA